AUUAUACACCAGUGUGGCCGUCUGCAGCCUAUUGCUGCACAUGACUAGCAAAAACUGUUACCUGUCAAGGACUUAUACAUAAAUGUAGUAAGUCGUUUAUUUCUUACGGUAUAUUGAUGUAAUCUCUUUGCACAGCACUUCCAUCUGUUUAGCACAGACUUAUUAAUUACGCCGAGACUUAUUUUAAGCUAACCAGACACUCGACAUCCAAACAUCGACUAUACAUCCGUCUAUCCCCAUCAGACACUCCUACACUGAUGCUCGUUACAUUAACAGGAUCACGUUGUAUACAUUGCCCUCCAGGCUCGCUACGACAUUAGUAUAUAUUUUAAUACACGCGCAUCUUCUGGUAAAUCCGAUACUGACUAGAUAGUCGCCCAGCACGCACCAUAUCACUCUUUGUAAGGAGGGGUUUGUCAGCUAGCAAGGAGAGUGAGGAUGUGUGUGAUUAUGUUUACUCCGGUGAAAUUUGUGGAGGUUAUUUACGGCUGAGGAGUACAGUGUUCUAAUGCCUUGAUGCAAAGGGUUUCAACAAAAAACAGAUCUCCAAAGAUGAGCGAGUAAUAGAUGAAAAAAGUGUCCGUGACAAACCAUCAAUCAAACUACAUCUUUGUAUUCGGAAAUAAAGCAAUUCAUCACAAGGACAUAAAACGCACAAUGGUCUACACGGUCCUUCUUUGCCUCCUACCUGUAUUGCCUCUGGUGGCACCAGUCCAGUAUCAUACACUUGACACACCUUUAGGAAAAGUGGCUGGACGUCAGGUACCGGUUGGUACAGGAAAUACAGUCUAUAAGUUCCUGAAAAUCCCAUAUGCAAAGCCACCUGUGGGUGAGUUACGGUUUCAAAAGCCCGUAGCUGUUGAAAGAUGGAGCAGCAUCCACGACAGCACCGAGCAUGGACCGUCUUGUCUACAAGCGAUUCCCGCAACAAUCAAAAAUGUGCUGGAGAACAAAGAGGUUUCGGAGGAUUGUCUACACCUAAAUGUUUACACGUCCGGCGGAUUGUCUUCCACGACCAACAAGAGCGUUAUGGUGUUUUUUCAUGGCGGUGCGUUUGUUACUGGCCAAGCUCAGUUAUACGACGGUUCAGGCCUAGCUCUCAAUGGUGACGUCAUUGUGGUAACCGCGAAUUACAGAUUGGGUGUUCUGGGAUUCUUUAGCACUGGAGACUCAGUAGCAAGAGGAAACUAUGGUCUUUGGGAUCAAAUCGAAGCCCUCAAGUGGGUGAAAAAUAAUAUCAGAUCAUUUGGUGGAAAUCCUGAUUCCGUUACAAUCUUUGGAGAAUCAGCUGGGGGAUUUAGUGUUUCACUUCUAGCUCUUAUACCACAGAACAAAGGAUUGUUCCAUAGAGUCAUCAUGCAGAGUGGUACUUACAGUUCCGCGUAUGCUAUUAACGAAAAACCGAAAGAUUUUGCUAUUACAUUUAGCUAUCUAUCUAAGUGUAAAAAUGUACAAACUUCACAGGCUAUUUUUGAUUGUGUCCGAAAUAUUCCAACCGACCUUAUCAUUCCAACACAGACAAAUGCCAUUCGUAUGGGACUAUUAGCUCCUGAUAGUCUGUUCCGUCCGUCAUGCGCCCCAGUCGUUGAUGGUGAACUCAUCAAACGUGCCCCCAUGGUGUCUAUGAAAAAUACGUCUUCUGAUGUGUACGCGUUCUUUCAAUCACUUGACGUAAUUGCAGGAUGUGUAAGUGCCGAAGGAUCUCUACUCCACGCCUAUAUAUAUCCAUAUAUGGAAGAAAGUUACGGAUUCAAUACGAGCGAAGGAGUUCCUUCGUCUUUACUUCGGUCAUAUUUUGCGCGGGUUGUCGCGGAACAACUUUACAAAAACCAAAGUAAUGUUUGGAAGGCAAUUGUUGACAAGUUCGGUUCAAGUGAUAUUCAAGUCCAGGCAAGAAAAAUCAUGGAUUUGUAUGGCGAUAUCUUUUUCUAUAUGCCAAUGAUUAAAACAUUGGAUAUCCACGCUUCAAAUAAUAAAGAUAGCAGCACCUUCCAGUACCUAUUUAGUGAACCAAAUCUUGUGUCAUUAUCUGGGAAACCACAUCCAUCUUGGUUCCGAGGAUCUGAGCAUGGUACAGAGUUGAUUUUUCUAUUUGGUAUCGAACAAAUGAAAUCAAUGAACAUCAAUAUAUCCUCCUCCACCUUGGACUUCGUAAAGCAGAUUAUAACGUACUGGGCUAACUUCGCCAAAUACGGUGAUCCUAACCAUGGGGCGGAUGAUGGUACCCGAUGGCCGGAGUAUGAUGAAGUAAACCGUAGUUAUAUCGAUCUCGCUGUGUCCUCCAUCUCCCAACAGAAGUCAAUGUUCCGGGAUCGUGUCAAGUUCUGGGAGAAAGACCUUCCACUGAUCGCUAGUACUCCGGUUACGGACAGAGCGGCGUCCCUGAUGUCAGUCAAAUGGACUCUACUUAUUAUGUUAUUUCUUUAUCACUUAAUCCGUUGCCUUUAAAUGUAAAGUUAUGAAUGUACCUUGUAUGAUAAAAAUCACGUCCUCCUGAAUUUCGCUUAUCUGACUGAACUCCAUCGUAAGAAAGAAUAUAUGUGAUCGUCAGGGAAAUCAGUGUAAUAGAAAUCCGUUUAUAUUUACUUGGUAGAUAGAAUUGAUUUGAUAGCUUCUGUAGCUUUAUAUGAUGAAAGACCUUUAUCUACAUAUUAAAUGAUAGACAUUUUCAUUCGGUGGACAUUGAUUUGCCUGUAUGUUGAUAUGUUUAAGAAAUUAAAGUAAAUGAAAACAUGAUAGGGCAUUUUGGAUGCCAACAAAUCACAUUUCCAAUAUCAGAAUUAUUUACCUGAACUGUUUUGAUUACCGAUAUAAAAUCAAACCAUGGUAUUGAACCCAUACUCCUGAGUGCUUGUUGCAGAUCUUAAGAUUAUAUACUUGUAAAAAUGCCUUCAGCUGCGUGAGAAUUGUUAUAUGAAAGAGACGGGAGUCAGUGUGAGUGCAAUUUUGUAAAUCCAGAUAGUGUUCAUCAAAUAAAUUAUUUACAACCAGA